UCUGUCUGGUCUAAAUCUAGGUCAUGGGUUUAAGGUCAAUUUGACGUCAUCAUGGGAUUUCCUCUCGUUCACAACAAUCAUGGCGACGUCUUUCAGAUUAGGCCUCAUUCAGCUUGCAGUUGGAGCAUCGAAGGCUGACAACAUUUCCAGAGCUGUGAGGUCCAUCAAAGAGGCCGCCAGUGGAGGGGCCAAGAUUGUCGCUUUGCCUGAAUGUUUUAACUCUCCAUAUGGUACCAGUUAUUUCCCAGAAUAUGCAGAGAAGAUACCCGGAGAGUCGACCAAUGCCUUGGCAGCUGCUGCCAAGGAGAGCAAAGUAUUCUUAGUCGGAGGAUCUAUCCCUGAAGAAGAUGGGGGAAAGUUUUACAACACUUGCACUGUGUUCAACCCGGCUGGUGAAAUGGUGGCCAAACACAGAAAGAUCCAUCUGUUUGACAUAGAUGUUCCUGGGAAGAUAAGAUUCCAGGAAUCUGAAAUUUUGUCACCUGGAAAUAGUUUUACAACUUUUGAAACAUCAUUUUGCAAGAUCGGCAUUGGUAUAUGCUAUGACAUAAGGUUUGCAGAACUGGCUCAGAUUUAUGCCAAAAUGGGUUGUAAACUGAUAAUUUACCCUGGUGCAUUUAAUAUGACCACUGGUCCCGCACACUGGGAGAUCCUGCAACGAGCACGUGCUCUGGACAACCAGCUCUUUGUUGCGACAGUGUCCCCAGCACGAGACGAAAAAGCCACGUAUGUUGCUUGGGGACACAGCACAGUGGUUGAUCCUUGGGGGAGUGUUGUGGAGACAACUGAACAUGAAGAAAAGAUUUUAUUAGUGGAUAUAGACCUGAAUAAAAUGGAAGAGGUCCGGACCUCCAUACCUCUCACAGUACAGAGAAGGAAGGACAUGUAUGAUGUGAAGGAAGUUUGAGUGGCGUGGUGGAUGACCAGAGGACCAAGAUGGACAGAACGAGGGAUGUGAAGAAGGAAUGGAAAAAGUGAACUUCAAAGCAUUUAAAGUGAUGUUCACAAUGCAAUAUUGUAAAAUUUCUUAUCGAGAAUUUCCACCAUUACCCCUAACAUAAUCAGAUAGUAGU